AUGCAGGAAAGCUUGCGGCAAGAGACGGGACCAAGUAGAAGACGGCGAAAGAUACAGUCUCCCGAUGUGUUCAUAAGCCAUGCUGGUCCGGACAAGCUACUCAUCGCACGUCCUCUUUCCAAGAAAUUGCAAGCUCAAGGUUUAAAUUGCUUCCUCGACAAAAUCUCGAUGGAGCCCGGGGACUGCGGAGGGGAUGAAAUGACGAAGGCUAUGGAGUCUGCGAAGGUCGGUGUUUUCAUACUUUCUCCCGAGUUUGCGGCUCGAAAGUGGACGAUGAGGGAACUGCGUUGCUUCCUACGCCGACGGAGUGAGGCGAUAGGGAGUGGGAUGCGACCACCGACAUUGAUUCCGGUGUUUUACAGACUAAGCAUUCGGGAAUGCAAAGAGUUGGAGCCCGAUCGGUACCGGGAUGAUGAAGGAAAUAAUAUUUUUGAAGUGGAAAAGUUUUAUAGCGAGGAACGACAGCGCGAAGCGAGCACGGAUACGGUGAAGAGAGAGCUACAAGGGUUGGCAGGUAUCACUGGGAUUGAAAAUGACGAAGAGGCAACGAACCACCUGGAAGAUGAAUUCGGCCAUCGUGCAAGGGAACGUCUUGUGAAACGAGUAUCUCGGUGGGUGAAAAAGAAAAGUGAGGAGCAAGAAGCCGACCGCCUUCAUUAUUCCACGAGUGAUAGGGAGCUGCGUCAGAUUGGGGAACGGGUUGCUUUCGAGCCAAGAGAGACAGAAGGGAAAGAAGCACUUGACGCAGUGCGAUCUAUGGAGCUGUAUGAGCGCGCUAUCGAGAAGGGUGAGGACGUCGAUGCCAUGGUUAGCCUCGGUCUUUUGCUCUCAGAAGGUGCCGAAGGAGUAGAGCGUGACGCGGUGCGAUCAGUGGAGCUGUAUGAGCGCGCUAUCGAGAAGGGUGAGAACGUCUAUGCCAUGAAUAACCUCGGUGUUUUGCUGAAAGAAGGUGCCGAAGAAGUAGAGCGUAACGCUGUGCGAUCAGUGGAGCUGUAUGAGCGCGCUAUCGAGAAGGGUGAGAACGUCGGUGCCAUGGUGAGCCUCGCUAUUUUGCUCGCAGAAGGUGCCGAAGGAAUAGAGCGUAACGUGGUGCGAUCAGUGGAGCUGUAUGAGCGCGCUAUCGAGAAGGGUGAGGACGUCGAUGCCAUGAAUAACCUCGGUAAUUUGCUCCAACAAGGUGCCGAAGGAGUAGAGCGUAACGCUGUGCGAUCAGUGGAGCUGUAUGAGCGCGCUAUCGAGAAGGGUGAGAACGUCGAUGCCAUGAAUAACCUCGGUAUUUUGCUCGAAGAAGGUGGCGAAGGAGUAGAGCGUAACGCUGUGCGAUCAGUGGAGCUGUAUGAGCGCGCUAUCGAGAAGGGUGACCACGUCGAUGCCAUGAAUAACCUCGGUGUUUUGCUGAAACAAGGUGCCGAAGGAAUAGAGCGUAACGCGGUGCGAUCAGUGGAGCUGUAUGAGCGCGCUAUCGAGAAGGGUGACCACGUCGAUGCCAUGGGUAACCUCGGUCUUUUGCUCUCAGAAGGUGCCGAAGGAGUAGAGCGUAACGCGGUGAGAUCUAUGGAGCUGUACGAGCGCGCUAUCGAGAAGGGUGACCACGUCGAUGCCAUGAAUAACCUCGGUGUUUUGCUGAAACAAGGUGCCGAAGGCAUAGAGCGUAACGCGGUGCGAUCAGUGGAGCUGUAUGAGCGCGCUAUCGAGAAGGGUGAGGACGUCGAUGCCAUGGGUAACCUCGGUCUUUUGCUCUCAGAAGGAGCCGAAGGAGUAGAGCGUAACGCGGUGAGAUCUAUGAAGCUGUACGAACGCGCUAUCGAGAAGGGUGACCACGUCGAUGCCAUGAAUAACCUCGGUCUUUUGCUGAAACAAGGUGCCGAAGGAAUAAAGCGUAACGCGGUGCGAUCAGUGGAGCUGUAUGAGCGCGCUAUCGAGAAGGGUGAGAACGUCUAUGCCAUGAAUAACCUCGGUUUUUUGCUCCAACAAGGUGCCGAAGGAGUAGAGCGCAACGCGGUGCGAUCAGUGGAGCUGUACGAGCGCGCUAUCGAGAAGGGUGAGAACGUCUAUGCCAUGAAUAACCUCGGUAAUUUGCUGAGACAAGGUGCCGAAGGAGUAGAGCGUGACGCGGUACGAUCUAUGGAGCUGUAUGAGCGCGCUAUCGAGAAGGGUGAGAACGUCGAUGCCAUGAAUAACCUCGGUGGUUUGCUCCAACAAGGUGCCGAAGGAGUAGAGCGCAACGCGGUGCGAUCAGUGGAGCUGUAUGAGCGCGCUAUCGAGAAGGGUGAGAACGUCUAUGCCAUGAAUAACCUCGGUAAUUUGCUGAGACAAGGUGGCGAAGGAGUAGAGCGUAACGCAGUGCGAUCUAUGGAGCUGUAUGAGCGCGCUAUCGAGAAGGGUGACCACGUCGAUGCCAUGAAUAACCUCGGUCUUUUACUCUCAGAAGGUGCCGAAGGAGUAGAGCGCAACGCGGUGAGAUCAGUGGAGCUGUAUGAACGCGCUAUCGAGAAGGGUGAGGACGUCGAUGCCAUGGUUAACCUCGGUAAUUUGCUGAAACAAGGUGGCGAAGGAGUAGAGCGUGACGCGGUACGAGCUGUGGCACUGUAUGAUCGUGCAAUGGCGGAAGGAAAUUCCGGUAACGCGACUUGCAAUCUUGCGAUGAUGUUGAGGGACGGAGCGGAAGGGGUGGAGCGCAAUGCGGUGCGUGCGGUGGAGCUGUUUGAGAUGGACAUCAAGGAACGGAAGCAGAGCAAGUCAAUGGUGUGUCUUGGAAACAUGAUGCGAGACGGGGCGGACGGGGUGGCCCGCGACACGGAUCGAGCGAUACAGUUGUACGAGAUGGCGGUCGAGAAAGACAACAACGCGGAGGCGGUAGCCCAACUUGCGGCGUUGCAGCGGGACAGAUCAGACGGCAGUACGCGGCCGCGAUUUCGGGUUAUUUUUUCAUUUUUGCUUUUUGCCUGUUUUUUCAUGCAGAAACUGAGAAACUUCAUGAUUCUUCAUGAAGAAAGGACUUUAGACAAUGAUGGAGAUGGGCUGCAGGGACCCUAGGAAAGCAUGGGGGAUCUCGAUUUCGAUGGUUGAUCGCAAUUAUCGUUGCAGUCGUCUGAGGAAGGCCGAAGUGGUGAUUUUUUCAUUUUGCAGCAUUAUCUGGCAGUUUUUGCGCGCAAAUGCGCGAAAAAACAUGAUUUAAUGAAAUCGCGCGUCCCGCGUACUACGCGGGACGAGGGUGAGCGAGAACAGAGGAAGGCGGGGGCGGGAUGGAAGGCGAGGGCAGCGAGGGCGAGAGAGGUACAGUACCACAUGGAUAGGCGGCGUAAUGUAACACAUUUUUGGUGUAAUUGUUUUGGUUGUAAUUAUUAUGGUUGUAAUUAUUAUUAAUGACAACAGUAACACGUGUAUUAUAGCGCAUUCGUCAUCGCCGCGAGGGCCUUCUCCUUCAGCCGGAGAGGAAGAGAGGCAAAAGGGAGGACGACAGGCAAAAGGGAGGACGACAGGCAAAAGGGAGGACGACGGAGCGGGACGGCAGAGUUGUGGGCGAAUCUCCGAAACCUGUGGCCAACGGCGACUCGGUGUUAAUCGAAAACACUCAUCUGUACGCUAACGGUACUCCGUUUCCGGUACUCCGUUUCCAGUAAAGGCAGAGCAGC